AUGAGUGUGAGAUAUUUCAGUUCAGAGAGGACAAUGGAGGAGAGAAGCAGCUACAACGGUAGCAGAGAAAGGCUUGGACUGAGCUUCACCAUUGACUACCUUCUGUUCAAUAAAGGAGUCAAAGGUUCUAAAGAAGAACCGACAGCUAGUCGUACGGCUGACCAGACGGCGAACAACGUGCUAAAUCAUCAGAAUCCUAAACCAAAAGAGGUGGGGAUUCGCUGUGAGGUACAGGAGAAGCAGCAGUGGUCAGAGGCAGAGACUGCGGAAAAGAAAGUCAAAGAAGAGGAGGGGGAUGAAGAGCAACAUGAGGAGGGGGAGGAGGAAAUGACCACCACCACAUCUACUAGCGGUAGUCCAUCCAAGUCUGCGGACAAACCCAACCAGUCGUACAUCGCACUCAUCUCCAAGGCCAUCCUGGCAUCAGAGCAGAAGAAACUGCUGCUAUGUGACAUCUACCAAUGGAUCAUGGACCACUACCCUUACUUCAAGAGUAAGGAUAAAAACUGGAGGAACAGCGUGCGUCACAACUUGUCCCUGAAUGAUUGCUUCAUCAAAGCAGGCCGCAGCGAAAAUGGUAAAGGCCAUUUCUGGGCGAUUCACCCAUCAAACUACCAGGACUUUUCUAACGGGGACUACCAAUGUCGGAGGACACGGCGGAGGGUACGCAGGGUGGCAGGACAGCUCCCUCUUUCUCCCUUGAGCUCCCCCUACCAGCAUGCCCUUGUCCGCCCCCACAGAACAACCUGUUGGUGCUGUCCACAAGCCCCAACGUUCCCACUGUCCUGUUUGACACCCAGACUCUACUGGCCAUGGUCCAGUGUGCAGGCACAAGCAGGGCUCCACCCAGGCAUUCGCGCCUCAGUACCCUGA